GUCAUGCUGUCACGUGUGCUCUCGCGCUUCAAACACACAGCGCUGUACCCAGACCCGCACAUUCUCGUAAACUCGAGCAACAUAAUAACAUAAGUGCAGCUUUACGAUAUAUAUCAGUUACACUCGAAAACAGGUGGCUGAAAAGUUCCGCUGCCAAAUGUGUGGAAGGACUGCGUGUACGCUUGCUCCCGACGAGUUGAGCCGAGCCUGCUCUUACAGAAACCGAGGGGGGCAGCGGAGACUGCCCCGCUGGAGGGAUGGAGACGCAGACAAAUACAGACCGUCUUAUAACAAGAGCCCCCAGUCUAUGAGUCCCGUCCUGGUGUCCCAGAGGCAUUUUAAUAAGAAUGCUCCUGUGGAUGAGUGUGUAUUGGCCUCCAUGCGUUGGGGUCUGGUACCUUCCUGGUUCAAGGCGAAUGACCCAGUAAAGAUGCAAUACAACACCAGCAACUGCCGCAGUGAGAGUAUACUGGAGAAGAAAUCUUACAAGGACCCAAUGAUAAAAGGACAGCGCUGUGUCAUCCUGGCUGAUGGUUUUUAUGAGUGGAUGCGGCAGGAAAGAGACAAGCAGCCUUUCUUCAUAUACUUCCCUCAGUCUCAGGGAGAAGAACCAGGCGAGUGGACUGGAUGGAAGUUGCUGACCAUGGCUGGUCUGUUUGACUGCUGGACACCUCCAGAUGGUGGAGAACCACUUUACACAUACAGUGUUAUCACUGUGAACGCGUCCCCAAACCUGCAAAGCAUCCAUGAUAGGAUGCCAGCAAUCUUGGAUGGGGAGGAAGAAGUGAGAAGAUGGCUUGAUUUUGGGGAGGUGAAAUCUCUAGAUGCCUUGAAACUGCUCCAGUCGAAAAACAUUUUGACUUCUCAUCCAGUCUCUUCACUAGUAAACAACUCUCGCAACAACUCUCCAGAGUGCCUUCAGCCAGUGUAUCUUAACGGCAAAAAGGAUCCCAAACACACAGCCAGCAGUAAGAUGAUGAUGAGCUGGCUGACGAGCAGUGCACCUUCAAAGAGGAAGGAGCCCAGCACAUGCGAGAGUAAUAAAGAACACAAGGCAGGGGCCCAGUACAACAAGUCCAAGGGAGCGCUUCAGCAGUGGCUUCAGGGACCAAACAAAAAAACAAGAACCAAAUGAUGAUAUGAACUGUGACUGAAAACUCUGUUUAUAACACCAUUUAGGCCUUAUUUUUUCCACUUGACUGUUGACAGGUAUAUGUUGUUUUUUUGCAUUAGUAACAGUUUUAAAUGUAAUGAAUAUAAUUUCCAAGAGGCUAUCAAUAAAUGUCAGAAAUAAACA